UUUGAGUUUUAUAAGGCUUUGCAAUGUACAUACAUGCAAAACUGCUGUUCUAACUUGCAGAGAUAAUUUGGGCAAUAUUUAAAUAUGUCCCUGAUUGUUGCCUUCUUUCUUCAGCAAAGAACUUCAAAAAUAUUGGAAUAACGAUGUAAGAUAAAACAGUGUAGCGGGUUAACUAUCCCUCAACAUAAUGAAGCAUUUUUCACUCGCAGCAUCAUACUGGACGCUUGCAACCUGUAACCAAACGUCACUUUAUAACGAGGUGUGUGGGUGGGGGUGAUCGUUCUUCAAGUCUGUAAAUGUAAAGUCACCAAACAGGGAAAACAAAGUAUCAUUAGCUGAGAAAAAGAGCAAGUAACAGCUCUGCAGACCUACUGUUGUUACACGUCACUAGUAGCGGCACAUAAUCUUCCGGGUGCACGUGGCUAACUUCCUAUUUUGUUGCACCUAUUUCCGGGUUUAGGCUGCUGUUACAUGGCUAUGAUUAUACUACUGGAAAAAUGUUGUUUUUAUGGACAUACAGAGGCUCCGCAGUAGCUCCAUGGAGAUUUCAGCGGUCCUAGGACGUACUUACGUGACUGGGGCAUGAAGAGUUAAGUUUCUCUGCUGAGGAAGUAGUGGAUAUUCUUGCAAGGAAAUGCUGAGAUCAUAAGUGCCACCUGUAACAGGUAAUAGUCCUGUACUGUUCAUUAAGUUGAGGAACAUGAAGUGACGAAAAGAAUUUUGGUUGAACGUUUACAUUUAAGACAGUUAUGGUUUGACUGCCUUCCUUAGGAAAAAAAAAAUGGAAAGAUUGAGCAGGGCAGUUUUGUAAGACAACAUUUAAGGUGCCUGACCUUUUCAGGAAAAAACUAUACUACAGUCAGAGGCACAGCUGUUGUACUGCAACCAGUUCGAUGCACGAAACAGUUAAGAAAGAAAGUUCGAAUGAAACUGAUUAUAACCCGGAACCAUCUGAGGACUACUUCCCAGAUCCUGGUGAAAACCAAAACGUGGAAACAAUGGAUCUUAAAUAUGGCAACUCUAGAAAGUACAUUUCCAUUAGUAUCCCUUCCAAACCAGAGACUAUGCCACCUCAUAUCAAAUCUGUGGAUGAGCUAAGAGUCCUUGGAAUUAACCUCUCAAGAUUUAACAAGACUCUGCAGUUUUUCAUCUGUGUUGCUGGAGUUUUUAUUUUUUAUCUAAUAUAUGGGUACUUGCAGGAAUUGAUUUUCUCCUUGGAAGGAUUUAAGCCUUUUGGGUGGUAUCUAACAUUAGUACAGUUUGGAUUUUAUUCCUUAUUUGGACUUGUGGAGCUUCAGCUUAUUCAAGAUAAGAGAAGAAGAAUACCAGGAAAGACAUACAUGCUUAUAGCUUUGUUGACAGUGGGAACUAUGGGCUUGUCAAACACUUCUCUGGGAUACCUUAAUUAUCCUACUCAAGUCAUCUUCAAGUGCUGCAAACUGCUUCCUGUUAUGAUUGGAGGAGUCUUUAUACAAGGCAAAAGGUACAAUGUUACAGAUGUGUCGGCUGCCUUAUGUAUGAGUCUCGGUCUCAUAUGGUUUACACUGGCUGACAGCAAAGUGGCACCAAAUUUUAAUGUGACAGGGGUAAUUCUGAUCUCCUUGGCUCUCUGUGCAGAUGCUGCUAUUGGAAAUGUACAGGAGAAAGCUAUGAAACUUCAUAAUGGUUCCAAUUCAGAAAUGGUCCUUUAUUCCUAUUCAAUUGGAUUUAUAUACAUUUUAGUGGGGCUGGCGUUGACAGGAGGAAUAACCCCUGCUAUUGCCUUCUGUUCUUUGUAUCCUCUUCAAACAUAUGGCUAUGCAUUCCUGUUUUCUAUUACUGGGUAUUUUGGAAUCUCUUUUGUCCUAGCCUUGAUUAAACUCUUUGGAGCACUUAUUGCAGUAACAGUUACAACAGGAAGAAAAGCAAUGACAAUUGUGCUUUCCUUUUUUUUCUUCACAAAGCCGUUCACUUUUCAGUAUGUAUGGUCAGGUUUGCUGGUGGUUCUUGGUAUCUUCUUGAAUGUUUACAGCAAGAAUAGGGAUAAAAUGAAGUUCCCCUCCAUUUCCAACCUUUGUUGUAAAAUGAAGUUCUCAUCAAAGACAAAGACAUUCUCAGAAGAUGUGUAAAUGACACUUGAAGAUAAGAUACAGUUUUUUGUGCCAGUUUUGGUUAUUGCACUAUUGGAAUGCACAGCUCACAAGGGAAGAAUCUUACACAGCAACAGUACCAGAAGGACCACAUUUUAGUAUGCAGAUGUGUGUCUGUGUCAGGACGUAGGUUCUCAUGAACUUUCAGUGGUUGAAAGGGAACAGUUGACUAUUAAGGGCAGCCAUUGUUGGCUUCCUAAUAGAAUCAUAACAAGAGAGUUUGUUAAUUAAAAAUAAUAUAAACUUUUAUUCACUGA